CUGAGGUGAGGGAGGGGGAGGCUGCCUUGAACCAGAUCUGGGGAAGAGUCCGUUGACUGCUUCUUCUCCCACUCUCACUGGCGCCUCCCGUGGGAGCGGCCCGGCCGCUGCUGCCGCUGCUCCUAUUCACGAUGGCCCCAGUGCGCUCCGGAGCCCGAGUCGAAGCUGGAACUGGAGCCACAGCCGGAGCCACAGCCGCGCCCAAGGUGCUGGCAGCAGCUGGAAACACGGAGCGCUGAGCAUUUGCUCCUAGGGCAAUCCGUUUCCUAGCCAUGUACUCGGGCAACAGUAGCGACGACAGCGGUGGCGGCUACUGGGGCAAUGGCAGAGCAAGCGGAGCCGGCAGCACUGGGAUUGCAGGGGAGCCCGGGCCGGAGGGGGACCCUCGUCCAGCUCCUCUUUUCAGUCCCGGGACUUACGAGCUGCUAGCGCUGCUGAUCGCCACCAUCGGACUGUUAGGUUUGUGCAACAACUUGCUGGUGCUCGUCCUUUACUAUAAGUUCCAGCGGCUCCGCACCCCGACCCACCUCUUGUUGGUGAAUAUCAGUUUCAGUGACCUGCUUGUGUCCCUCUUUGGAGUCACUUUUACCUUCGUGUCCUGUCUCAGGAGCGGCUGGGUCUGGGACACGGUGGGCUGCGCAUGGGACGGGUUUAGCAACAGCCUCUUUGGGAUUGUUUCCAUCAUGACCCUCACUGUCCUUGCGUAUGAGCGCUACAAUAGAAUUGUCCAUGCCAAAGUGAUUAAUUUUUCCUGGGCCUGGCGGGCUAUAACCUACAUCUGGCUUUACUCAUUGGUAUGGACUGGAGCUCCUCUCCUAGGCUGGAACAGAUACACUCUGGAAAUCCAUGGACUAGGCUGUUCAGUGGACUGGAAAUCCAAAGACCCCAAUGAUUCCUCCUUUGUGCUUUUCUUAUUCCUUGGCUGCUUGGUGUUGCCUGUUGGUGUCAUGGCCUAUUGCUAUGGCCACAUUCUGUAUGCCAUCCGAAUGCUUCGCUGUGUUGAAGAGCUUCAAACCAUCCAAGUGAUCAAAAUCCUGAGAUAUGAAAAGAAAGUUGCCAAAAUGUGUUUUUUAAUGAUAGCAACAUUCCUGUUCUGUUGGAUGCCUUAUGCAGUGAUCUGUGUCUUGGUAGCAAAUGGCUAUGGCAGCCGGGUCACACCAACUGUGGCUAUCAUACCCUCUCUCUUUGCCAAAUCCAGUACCGCGUACAAUCCAAUUAUCUACAUCUUCAUGAGCAGAAAGUUUCGAAGAUGCCUUUUACAACUCCUGUGUUUUAGACAGCUGAAAUUCCAGCGACCCAAGAAAGACAGACCUGUUAUCAGGACUGAAAAACAGAUCAGACCUAUAGUGAUGUCUCAGAAAGUUGGAGACCGACCAAAGAAGAAGGUGACUUUUAGCUCCUCCUCCAUUAUUUUCAUCAUCACCAGUGAUGAUUCACAGAUGAUCGAUGACAAUGACAAAAACAGUGGGACAAAGGUGAAUGUGAUUCAAGUUCGACCUCUCUAGGGAUUGAGGGGGACAGUUAAAGAUGGGAUUCUGCUCAGUAGAUGCAAUUUCUGAUCUUUAAUUUUAAAGAUGGAUGGAAUUCCCCAGAGGACUUUUGCUCUACCGUGUUAUGAUAAAAACAAGUUGACAUGGUUGAACUCCAAUUAUGUUCACUGGCUUCAGAAAAUAACCUGAGCAAUGUUUUUGGUCAAUGGGUGCUCCAUGUACUAAAAUAUGAUUUCACAACAUAAGGUGAUUAGAGGAUUAUUUUGAGCUGGAAGAGAUUUUAAAGACCAUCUGGUCCAAUCUCUUUAUUUCACAGGUGAUAAAACUGAGGCCCACUGAGGUUCUGUUGCAAGACCAUACAACUUGGUAGAGAGUUAAGAGUCAUCAUUUUCCAAAUAUGAUGAAUAUUUUCAUUUCAAAUGUUUCUAAAUGCUGUACUUUCUAGUGCUUGUGAUGCUUUCUCCCUCUGUUUUGAAUAUGGCUUUCAAAAUAUCUGCAUCUUAAAUUUAUGCAUAAACUGGGUAGGAAAACUGUCACCAUUUGUAGCUAGAGAGUGCUGUCCUUUACGCUAACUACUAUCUCCAAUUGUCUUCUUUAUAAAUGUGGUAUCAUGACUAGCCAGCUCUAAAAUGAAAAUUAUAGGUAUUUCCCCAGUUUGCAAUAAAUGAAAACUUAAUUUUGCAAAAGAACUUUGAUGCUACAUGUAUGAAUGAUAAGCAAAUAGCAGAUUAAGACAUAUGUGCUGCUGGGUACAUCUCUAGACUAUGUGAGUGCUAGAGGAGAGAAGACGUCAUUUUGAAAAAAACUAAUCUGUACUCUAAAAUAAUACUCGUAAAUUCUUUUCUGGUACCCAAAAUAUAGGUUUCUGCAUCACCAGAAAAUGUAUCUGGUGAAUAUGGCAUUAUGGCAUUAACCAGAGGAGAGUCAUCACCUACGUGGGAUGAAAAUAUGAUAUAGGCCUUGUUAAUCACUUUGAGAAAUUUCUAUAUAUAUGUAUGUAUGUAUGUAUAUCUGCCAGGUACAUAGUGUUAACUGAACACAAAUGGAGAGGGAUAGUAUUAGUCAAGCACCAAGAAUGUAUUAGACAAUGGUCAGGACUUGGAGAAGAGGUGAUUCUUUUUUGUUGUUGUUGUUACAUAUAAGGUAUUUUAUUUUUUCCAUUAUAUGUAAAGAUAGUUCUCAACUUUUGUUUAUACAAGCUUUACCAUUUCAUUACAAGCUUUACAAUUUCAAGAAGAGGUGAUUCUUUCCAGAUAAGUG